CUGGUCUGAGUUUGGACCUGAUGUUGUCUUUUAGGUAUCAGCGCCAGGCAGGCUUUCACACAUCUGCCUUAAAUCACAGUCGACUGUCAGCAGAGGCCCCCAUUUCUUCACCAAAGGUCAUAUUUAGUUUGAAAUGAUUUUCUACAUAGUUGUCUGAUAACAGUGACACAGAAAAUUGCCUCAACUAGAACCAACAGGACAGCACUCAGAAGAAAACGGAAAAUUAUGUGCUUCAAUGGCACACGAUUACCGUUCUUGAAUAUGACUCCUUUGAUGAGUUGCCAAAAGACAAAACGAGGAGAUUUCACUUCCCUGCAACUCAUGGGCAAGCUGAGGCAGGGCUGAGGAGGGUGGGGGUGUACUGGAUGUGGAGCCACAGUCGGGCCAAAUGGCAGGAGCCCAGAACACGGUGCGUUCUAAUCACAUCCUCUAGUACCCACUGACGUGCUACAGUUCAUGCGGAAACACUGUAAAGGUUGCAUGCCCAUGAGGUCGUCCAUGUUGGCCCUCCUCCUCUUCUUCAGUGCCCAGGCUGUGGCAACUAUCGGAGGUGACUCGAGCACCACCACUACAGCACAACAGCAGGAUCCAGCCAGGAACCCCAGUUCCAUCCCCACAGUGAACCCUAAACUCUUCACCAAGCGUCGCUACCUCUCUCCCAGGGUGCUCUUCAGCGAUCAACCCCCUGAUGCAGACCCGACAGGGUCACAGGUGACCAGUAGCCGGACUCGUAGGAUAGCGAGGCAGCCACAGCACCGAGGGGUAUACUCGGUGUGUGAGAGCAUCAGCGUGUGGGUGGGCAACAAGACCAAGGCUACGGACAUCACAGGCAAUGAGGUGACAGUACUACCGAAUGUCAAUAUCAACAAUGUCAAUAAGAAGCAGUACUUCUUUGAGACGACGUGUCACAGUACCCGCUCGGACAGCUCCAGCUGCUUGGGAAUCGACGCAAGACACUGGAACUCCUACUGUACCAACUCUCACACUUUUGUCCGAGCGCUGACAUCGUUUAACAAUCUGGUGGCGUGGAGGCUCAUACGCAUCAACGUAGCCUGCGUUUGUGUGCUCAGCCGCAAAUCAUGGAGGCAGUGAUGACUUACGAACAUAAACAAGCAGGCAAACAUAUACACAUAAUGCGCAGAGUUGUGACUUUUGCUGUAUAAUUUAUCACCAAAGACCCUCUGCACAAAGUAAAUUAUUGUUAUAUGUCAAACUAUCACGACUGCAUGCAUGUACACCAGACCAAGGUCAGAUACUUUCAGCUUUUACUUCUUGGAAGUAACACAUGCCAGCGUUCAGCACAAAAAACAAAACCACGUGAUACAUUUUAUUGUCUUGACAUGACCCAAUGACACGACCCACACAAGGAUUUUGGAAUUUUGACCCAGGUCUGUCUGAUAUAAGCAAACCUUUCUCUUAAGAUGUCGUUGUUGAUGAUAUUGUUAUUUAUUAAACACAUACAAAUC